AAGCCAAAAAUGCCCCUGAGAAAAUCUGGGGCCUUGUUGACAGAGAUCACUUCGCACGAAUACGAUUAGCGACGAUCCUCUAUCAUCCUCUUCCUCGAGGAGCUUCAAUUCCAACCCGAUAUAUAUAUAUCUCAUUUGGGAUCAGACAUGGCUUUUCUUGUAACAUCUCUAAUAUUCGCUGUCGUCGGCAUCAUUGCUUCAAUCUGCACUAGAAUCUGCUUCAACAAAGGCCCCUCCACCAAUCUGCUACAUCUUACCUUGGUCAUCACCGCUACUGUCUGCUGUUGGAUGAUGUGGGCAAUUGUUUACAUUGCGCAGAUGAAGCCUCUCAUUGUCCCUAUCCUAAGCGAGGUAGAGUAGAAACUAAUCUACUCAAACAAGAACCCAUCCAUGUUCUUAAACUAGGAAAUCAAUGCACAAAUUUGAGUAAGAGCCCUGCUGCUCUUUCUGUAUCCUCUUCAAACAUAUUUGUUUUCCCCUUUGUAAUUCUUAUCCCGGUGUGGAACAACCGAAACUCUUCCCCUCUUUACUGUUGACUCUUUUGUCUCUCAUUCAAUUCUUGAACAGUCUUCAUAUACUCAAAGACUAAACCAGAGAGUGAGUGUAUUGUUGAUGAAAUAAACAUUUGGUCAGAAUAUUCGCCA